CAGUUUUUUUUUUUUUUUUUUUUUUGACCCGGUAUACGGAAAAGAAAAGACGAGUGUGUUUCCACCCGGACUAACUUUGCUGCAGAACGCCGGUAAAUCUGAAAACACCAGCCGUGCCUUGCUAGGCAGCUCUUAGACCUGCUGUGUUUUACCUGGAGAGACGUUUAGUGUAAGAUGUCCGGGGCAUCAGACGGAGCGGAGGCUAACUGGAUCCUGCGGCAUCCCGCGCUCCAGCAGAUGAAAGAGCUGCAGGUGGGGGACAGUGAGCAGAUCCACGCAGCUUUUCUAGUCUACAUGGAUCUGACUGAGGUGCGUCGGUGGAAGGAGGUCUCCUGUGUGAAAAUUCCCGACCUGCAGGCGGUUCUGCUGGAGGCCCAGGAGAAGGAUGGGGGUCCGGUCUACACCGUCCUGCCGCUGCCAGUUCACCAAUCUCUGAGCCACAGGAGCAUCCGCCAGGCGCUGGACCGGGGCUUCCCUCUGCUGCUGUGUGCCGUGGCGUCCGACUCCACCCUGGUCUACCAGAGGAUGACCGAUGGGUUGGUGACCCCUGUCCCCCCUGUUGGGCCCUUUGAGGACGAGGGGCGGCGGCAGCGCCGGAAGAGGCGGCAGCAGCAGCGUUGAUCCCGCUCUGUGGCAGUGUGCUUCUCCUCUCCUGCUUGUGCAGCUCUACAGUUUGAAACUUCAGAGCAGUGCGGUCCUCGCAUUGUCGCUAUGGAUACGAGGGAGCUGUGUGAAACAUUCAAUAGUCACUUAUCAUUUUGUGACAGAAGUAGUUAUCCCACAUUGUCGUCAGCUUCCUCUUCCUUGGAGGUUUCAACUCCUCAAACUUCCCUUCAUGUGUCCAGCGCCCCCACAAGGGCUCAGGACAGGUGGGGAAUUCCGUUUCAAGUUUUAUUUCAAAUAUUAGUUUUUGUACUGAAAUAUUGCAUAUUUUACCAAAGGUAGAAUAAAUAUAAAAAGAUGACUUCCUGAGGAAACAUAGCAAAGUUUUUUUUUUUUUUUUCUCCCUGCAUAUGAAUUUGUUCAUUCCUGCCAGACUUCUUUCUAUUGGGAGGACGCAGCAGAGAGCAUGAGGGGAGAUGGAGUAGGGCUGAGCAGGGUGUUCACCUUGCUGAUUGACAGCACUAAGACCCGCCUCCUGGCUCUGAUCGGUUGUUACCAUUAGCUUGAUUUUGCUUUCUUUUUUCACAGAUUUACUUUCUCAACAUGCUGUCACGACAUGGUUACUCUUUCAGCAAAUAUGUAAAAAAAAAUAAUAUAUGUAUAUAUUUUUUAAAAUAAAACUUACAUACUGAAGAGAGCCAUAUGCUGUUUUAGAUGGACAUUCUCGGCCAAGAGCCACCAAAAAAUACCCCAGAAAUGUCACCAUUAAUUAAUAUUAAUAUCCAAUAAUAUUAAUAAUUAGCUGAACAUUUGAUCUUGUGUGUCUGCUGUCCCUCUGCUCGUCUCUAGAACAGAACCAGUCGAAUUCCUGUAAACACUUUUAAUUUUCCUAAAAAAAAUAAAAUAAAAACAAUGAAUCAAAACGAGACAGAUUUAACACUGGUGACAGACGUACGGCAACAGACGUCUGUGUGCUGCAGCAGCGUCCACCUCGUCGUCACACGGAACAGAAACUGAAGCAGGAAACGUGACUAACUCUGGUGCGCCAGUGCAUGUGUUGUGUACGUUUCGUGGUGCGAAAGUGUCUCGGUGAGAGGAAGGAGCGGGACGGCUACACUUCAACACUUUAACCCUGAGCCUUGUUUGACGUAGAUACCUCUGGACAGACGGGGGCGCUGUGGGGAGAACAGGUUCAUACUGCGUCUCUGUAGGGGGGAUAGAGGGGGGACCUGUCACG